CACAUGUAAAUUCAACGAUAAAAUCCGUUGCAACAUAAAAUUGAUACAAAUACUGUAGUAGGCUAGUAUCAGUGGACGAUUAAAAAGAACACAGAAAACUCAGUCGAUAGAAGGAAGCUUAGAAUUGUUCGAAGAAAUCAAGGAGAAGAGCUUGAAAUCGAAAUCUAUGGCGAAACAACAGGAAGAAAGCAACUCCAAUCCUGCUGCUGCUGCUGCUGGUGAUUGGGAGAAUUUCAGGGACGACGAUAUCAUGCUUCAACAUUCCGCUAUUCGCGCUGAACAAGCCGACAAAAUCCCUUUUCUCGGCGACAAGGAACCUCUUUCUGCUUUAGCUGCUGAAUAUCAAUCAGGAAGUUCUAUUCUGCUUGAAAAGAUCAAGAUUCUUGAUGAAAAGUACUCUGCAAUUAGGCGAACUCGAGGAGAUGGGAAUUGCUUUUUCAGAAGUUUCAUGUUCUCAUACUUGGAGCAUAUUUUAGAAACUCAAGAUAAGGCUGAGGUAGAUCGCGUCAAGGCUAAUGUUGAAGAGUGCCGGAAGACACUCCAGAGUCUUGGCUAUGCGGACUUUACGUUUGAAGAUUUUUUUGGGUUAUUUCUUGAGCAGUUGGAAAAUGUUAUUCAAGGGACCGAUGCUUCAAUAAGUCAUGACGAGCUUGUUGAGAGGAGUCGGGAUCAAUCAAUAUCUGAUUAUGUUGUAAUGUUCUUUAGAUUCAUAACAUCUGGGGAGAUACGGAAGCGUGCGGAGUUCUUUGAACCCUUCAUACUGGGAUUGAAUAAUGCAACUGUGGAUCAGUUUUGCAAAUCAUCAGUGGAGCCUAUGGGUGAAGAAAGUGAUCAUGUUCACAUCAUUGCUCUAUCAGAUGCAUUAGGUGUGCCAGUUCGCGUUGUUUACCUGGAUCGUAGCUCUUGUGAUACUGGUGGUGUUAGUGUAAAUCACCAUGAUUUCGUACCCUCUGCCUUGUCGAGUGGUGGCAGCGGCUUGGAGAUCAAUCCUUACAUAACCUUGCUUUAUCGUCCAGGCCACUACGACAUUCUUUACCCAAAGUAAUGUAGCAAUGCAUUUCUGUAAAUGCUGGUGGUGAGAAGGGUGUAUUUUCUGGGAUUAGAUUCAGUACAGUAGGUGGAGCUUUGGAUAACCGUUUUCUCAUCAAAAGUGUAUUUGUCUAAAAAGAGCCUCAUUGUUGCAUGUGGGAAGUAUUGGGAUAGUCCAAACAACUUAUUUUGGUCAUUUGCUAUGGGAUAGCUUGUCUAAACUGUACCAUCAUGGGAUAGCUUGUCCUUGUUAUAUAGGAUGGUGAUGCAUUGCCCAAGGAAGGUGUAUUCUGUAUAUUUUCAUUUUCGAAUCCAAAUGGCAAUAGCUUUGAAAUAUAAAGUUUAUUGCUUCUUUGGUUACAGUGUAGAAGUAAUGGCCGGAGAUUGCUUCCUGUGAGCCCCCUUAUCUUCUUGUAUACAUGCUAUCACUAUACAUCAGGUGACGAUUAGACAUUUGUUAAGGAAAGGGAUUUGCGGGUCUGGUAAUUGCUGAUAGUUUAUAUAUAGGCUUGUGUACAGAUUUGUUUAGUGUUAGUAAUAUUGGUGAUUGGGGUGAACUUGUCUACCGCUUAGGAAGUAGGAAGGACUCUUUUUUUAUCACAUUUGAAAAGACUGCUGUGAUGCAUUCUUUUGAACUGUGCCUGGUUUAUGACAGCUAAAUGCUUGUUCAUUGCAGGGCUGUUUUCUGAGUCAUGAAGACAAAUAGGGGGUGUUUUGGGAAUUUGAGGACUAGUAUGGGGCUAUAUUUGGAUUUAUUGGCGGUUGUGAUGAUUAAGAUGAGCAAAAAUCGGUUCAUCAUUGCUGUUUUAAACUUGGGGUGAUAAAAUAUGGAAGAGUGGUAGAAUCUAAUUCAGUAGGGAGAUGUGGGUGUCGGUAAAUCUUGACUGCCCCUUUGAUUGUUUUAAAAAGCUGGUAGAUAAUGGCAUUGCCAGCAAUAUCAUGGGAUGGGCAAGCUGGGUCUAGUUCAUUGUAGGAGAGCGGGGGAGGGGGCCAGGGCAGGGCGGGGGAUGAGAUGGACUGGUGUAUGGUUGUGGUGGAGUGUGUUGCAACUUGCAAGUGGUUAGUUCAUUGGACAUUAUGUAAGUUAAAUUGUGAGUCUUUGGAUACCAUUCUAAGAUUUUAAUCAAUUAAAUUGUCCUUAAUUUUGAAUUGUCGGGGCUUACAUUAAUACGUAUUAUUGAUAGGGUAUUAUUGAUCGUACUGUGGUAGUCUAGUACACAUGUGAAUUAUGAAUUUGUGAUGGGAAGAAGUGCUAAAUGUGAGACUUGUGUUUAUACGAGUAAUAUUGUCGCUUUUCUUUAUGUCUAAUUCUAAUGUAUUGGGUCAUUCUUUCAUCAAGGAUAAUGACAGUUUGAUGGAUUAAUAAUAAUAAUGCGGUCUCGAUUCA